CAGUUUCACAAACCCAAGAACAAAGAAGUGGAAAGAAAAGAAGAAAGAAAGAGAGAAAAUGGGGCGUUGGGCAAUUGCCGUGCAUGGUGGGGCUGGUGUGGACCCUAAUCUCCCUCUCCACCGCCAAGAAGAAGCCAAACAACUCCUUACCCACUGUCUCAAUCUUGGUAUCUCUGCUCUCCGUUCCAAUGCUUCCGCCAUUGAUGUCGUUGAACUUGUCGUGAGAGAAUUGGAGACAGAUCCCCUGUUCAACUCAGGGCGUGGAUCUGCCCUGACUGAAAAGGGAACGGUGGAAAUGGAGGCAUCCAUCAUGGACGGCACCAAGCGAAGAUGCGGCGCUGUUUCCGGCCUCACCACCGUCAAAAACCCCAUCUCCCUCGCUCGCCUUGUCAUGGACAAAUCCCCUCAUUCCUACCUCGCCUUCUCCGGCGCUGAAGAUUUCGCCAAGCAACAAGGAGUGGAAGUUGUGGAGAAUGAAUACUUCAUAACUCCUGAUAAUGUUGGUAUGCUGAAACUGGCAAAAGAGGCAAACACGAUUCUGUUUGAUUACAGGAUUCCGAACGAAACGUGCGGUGCGGGAGUUGAGAGUCCACUGAAGAUGAAUGGACUGCCCCUCAGCGUAUACGCACCGGAGACUGUUGGGUGUGUGGUGGUUGACAGCGAGGGGAGGUGUGCCGCCGCCACGUCGACAGGGGGCCUGAUGAACAAGAUGACCGGUCGGAUCGGUGACUCGCCGCUCAUCGGCGCUGGGACGUACGCGUGUGAGGUUUGCGGCGUUUCAUGCACCGGGGAAGGGGAGGCGAUCAUACGUGGCACGCUGGCGCGUGAGGUGGCGGCGGUGAUAGAGUACAAGGUGCUCGGCCUUCAGGAGGCGGUGGACUUUGUUAUCAAAACACGGCUGGAUGAAGGGAUGGCGGGCCUCAUUGCGGUGUCGAAUAAGGGUGAAGUGGCCUGUGGGUUUAACUGUAAUGGCAUGUUUAGGGGUACUGCUACUGAGGAUGGGUUCAUGGAGGUGGCAAUUUGGGAAUGAAAAAGAUUCAUUGAAAUGUGAAUGAAUCUUGAUGCUUCUUUUCUUAUGUUAUCGUUUAGCCGUUGAUUUAUUAGGUUUGGGGGCUUUUUUAUUUUUAUUUUGACUGGUGUAAUGGUCCAGAUUACCAUCUGCUUUUUCUUUUUCAGUGAUAGAAAUGAAUUAAUGUGGAAAUUAUAAA